AUGGGUCACCAGGAGCUCUACUGGAGUCACCCACAGAAGUUUAGCCAGGGAUCUUGCUCCUGCUGCAUCUGCUCAAACCGCCACAGUCUGAUCCAGAAAUAUGGGUUGAACACCUGUCGCCAGUGUUUCCGGCAGUAUGCAAAGGACAUUGGCUUCAUUAAGUUGGACUAA